AUGCCGAGGGGCGAAGCUUCGGGCAACAGAAAAUCAGAAGAAGCAGGUUGGGCCCGCGAGAUCAGAGAGACCUACUUAAGUGCCCUAAGAGGGAGAGGGGUAGCGAUCAGACAGGCAGGUUGUCCUGCGAGUAAUCAUAAAGGGAACCAACAGAAGAAUGACAAAAUGAAGAAGCAAAUCAGUGGGACGGAUAUCCAGGUGGGGGAAAACACCCCACCAGAAGAAGACAAUCAAACUACUACCCUGCAUGAAAAAAAAAAAAUCUUCUUCGAAGUUUACAAAAAGUACUACUUCAUCGAAAUGACGGAAUAUCACAAGAGCAGGGAAAACUGCACCAACAACUUUAUUAACUUCCUCGAAAGGAUAAGCGAUAAAAUGGUGGAGGCACUAAAGCAUGGCGCCUAUAACAUUAACAAUUUGAAUACAUUCUUCAAAGAAUUCAUAAAAAAUGAUACCACCUAUUCUAAUAAAAGCGUUUCCGUGGGGGGUAAUAACAGCCGGAUGAAUAAUUUAACCCAGAGUUUUUUAAACAUUCCAGAUGAGGAGUUUCCCAACGGGCCGUCUGCAAAUCAUGGCAGCGUGCAGAGGGAGGAUCCCCUGAACAGCCAAGCGAAUGGCUCUGUAACCGAUUUGAAGAAGAAAAAGGAAAGCACAGCUUCUGCAAUUGUGAGUGAGGGGAAGUUAAAGGGAAAGAAGAACAGCAAAAUGGACGACUUAAAGGAAAAGAGGAAGAAGGGGCCCAAGAAAGAAGAAGAAAUUGCAGGGAACUCCCAGGAAGGAAAUGUCCCAGAUACACCUUUUCUAAAGAAAAACAACGGGAGGAGGGCCUCAAACAGAAUAAACGAAAUUGCAGAUAAUGUCAUCGGUGUAAAUGCAGACAUGUGCAACCUAAAUCACAGCAUCAUAGACGACUGGGUGCAAUACGGAUUCAUGAAUUACCGCAAAAUUAUGAACAGCAUGAAAAUCAGUUGCGAUGUCAUAGACAGCAAAAUAAAUCAAAAAAUGUUAAUCAUAUUAAAAGAUACCUACUUGAAGGAACAAGAAACUCUGAUGGAUACAAUGAAGAAAAAAAAAAGUGACUUCUUAAAACAAGUAGACCUCUGUAAAAUGUAUUGGAAAUAUUUCGAAAAUAGUUAUUCCAAUUCAGAGAAAAUAAGAUCAGAUGGAAUUAAAGAUAGCAAGAAGAUAAAAUGCUCCUGGUUAUGUCAAAGAAAAUACAUCAAAAAUGUCAAGGAGUUACUAAAAAUACAAAAUGAUUAUUUAGAAAUCAUUAACUCCAGCGUGAAAACCUUCUUCCAAUUGAUCGAAUGGAAAAAAAACACAAUUAGGGACAUCCUUUGCUCUUACAUUCUUCUAUAUAAGAGCUUUUUAAAUUUUUACUUAAAUAAUAUGAAUAUACUAUAUGAUUCUAUUUUGCUUGAAAAAAACAUAGAGGCAACUCAAUUCCAGAAUUUAUCCUCUGUGACCAUUAUUGAUGAUGACGAUCUAAUCAAAGAGGUUUCUCCCUUUCAGCUUAACGACCAUUGUGAUUCCAUUCCCCAGUUAAAGAAGGCACUAAGCUUAAUAAAAUCCUCCAUCAUUUUCUAUAAUGACGAAAUUAACGUCAAAUCGAUACUCUGCCUUUUCAAUUCUAAGAUCAAGGGGUACCUUACCAGUGUAGGCCUCUUCAAUAAGUGCGUGGAAGGUGUAAUUGUUAUCACGUGGGACAAUUUUAUUCACUUUUUUUCCGACGUGGAGGAUGCCGCCCCACAGUGGUCCUACUAUAUGGAAGACCUCGAGUUUAAGCUAGUCAAGUGUAAGACGGAUUAUAAGAAGAACGCCCUCGAUACCGAUAAGAGUGAAUCCGACAGCGUCACGGAAGGAGCGGCGGCGGGGACGGCUGCGGAGGGGAUGGCGACCGCGGUGGAGGGGGAGGUCGAGCCAAGCGCUACGGCUGAUGUGGCAGCCACCACCCCAAGGAAACACUCCAGGAGCACCACUCCGAGGAACACCUCUCCCAGUAAGACCCCUCCGGGUAACCAUUCGAACCAAUCAAAAGGUAAGAAGGGGAAAGACAAAACAGGCGGAAAGGACACGUCCUCUGUCUUCUCCGGAGGAGAUGCACCGGAAGCAGCUUCGUCCACCAAAAAUGGAGAUCGUGAUAUAGGUGUAAACACCUCGAAGAGACAAUCUUCGGACAACUGUGACGCCAACUCAUCUACCAUUAAUGACGAAGACGAUGUAGAGAUUCAAAUGAAAGAAAAAAAAAAAACGCUACUCAUCAGUGGAUGGUCCUUUACCUUCAAGUGUACAACCUCGUACCUAACAAAUGUCUGUUACGAAUUGCUAAGCAAUCACCUGUGCUCCCCAUAUUUUGAGGACGAAAAUUCCUUUUCAAAUUUCUCCAACAUUAUCACCAAUGGGGAGGUCAAAAAUGAUCUCCUCUUUAUGGAUGAAAUGGCCUCCUUUUACAAUGCCUACAUGGAAGGAAUGUCUCAGGACACAAAAGAUAAGGUCAUCAUUAAAAACAAACUUGUGAAAACGAAGAAUGAAAAUUUAUGCAGAGAGCGCAUGUCCGUGUCGGAUCGGGACGACCUGGCUGGUUCCCGCAAAGGGAGAUCUCCAAGCAAGGCCAGCAACAUGGAUGAUCAUAGAAAAAAAAACAGGAAUUCUCAACCGGAAAAUCUGCUUUACGCAUUUCAUAAGAAGAAAAAUGAACUAUUGAAAAAUGUUAAAGGAGGUGACCAGGAAGAUGGGACGACAAGCGAGCGGCAGGAAGAGGACAGGGAACACAUAGGGGAAGACAAGCAACACCAUGGACCUUCUCAAUUGGACGGGAAACACCAAAAUGACGCAGUAACGGAGAAGAGUAGGAAGAAAAGUUUGAACAGCAAUAAAAGAAGCCACACGAGAUCUACAAGUUCAGGGAAGGCGAAGGCACAAAAUAAGUGA